CAAGCCACAGUGACUCACUUCGAGCAAUCGUGGCUCACCUCAAUCAAUAUUGCACGUCCGCUGUUGUUCCAUCGGCUGUCAUCAACGCCUGAUGUCAUGUAGGACAACAGGGUUCACUUCGCUCUUUGAGCGAUAAAGUACAUGUUGCCCUUGAACAAAGUCCACCUCGAGAGCCCAUCCACUUCUUUGCAUCUUGGAAAGUGCCGUGAACAAGACGCAUACAACUGACAAUCUGAUGGUCUAAGGUAUGCAAUCUUCGACAAUCACAAUGGAUCUGGACAUCGACUUGAUGGGAGCACAGCCUGCGCUGUUCAAACUUUACACACAGCUCGCGUUCGUCUUUUCUCGCUCAGAUACGCAAUUGCCGUCGCCACUCGUCGAGAUCAUAUCCAAAGGACUUAAAAAGCUGUCGCAGCAUUUCCCUUGGGUAGCUGGCCAAGUCGUCAAUGUCAACACCGCUACAUCCGCUCCGCCAUUAUAUAAGAUUCGACCAUUCGAGGAGACUCCGCGCCUACUUGUCAAAGACUAUACCAAUGACGAGUCAGUACCGAGCUUCGCGCAAAUGGAAGCAGCCGGAUAUCCCAUGUCCAUGCUUCAAGAGGAUCGAUGGGCGCCUUGUCCUACACUGGCUGGGUUGGGAUUCGGCCCAAGGGGGUCUUCAGGAAGUGCGGAUGAGCUUGCGCCGGUAAUGAUGGUGCAACUGAGCUUCAUCAGGGGCGGCUUGGUCAUGUGCAUCAACAUGCAACACAACACAUGUGACAUGUUAGGUCAAGCGGCAGUCAUGCAGUGGUUUUCCAAGAUUUGCUCCGGAGAACAGUUGACCGGAGAGGAAUUGAGGCUUGGCAAAAUGGCGAGGAAAGGACUAGUUCCAUUGUGCGGACAGGCGGGCUGGAGUCACGGCGCUGAGCUCAAUGAUCAAUUGCUGGUCUCCGAGCCUGUAGUCAGCAGUGACGCCAGCUCUGAGAAGAAGCAGGCUGACACCAUGCCAAGCAGUUCACCAAAGUGUUCUUGGAACUAUUUCAACUUCGCCUCGUCCUCGCUAGAAGAGCUCAAGCAGCAAGCAAUGAGUGAGCUGCCAGGAGGAUCUGCGGGCUUCGUCUCGACCGAUGACGCUCUUUCAGCAUUCAUUUAUCAGUCCGUUCUGCGUGUACGACAAGAGCGUCUUCCGCCCGAUCAAUCCAUCACAUUCGCUCGCGCGGUUGAUGCCAGACGCUACCUCAACAUCGAUGCGGCUUACCCCGGGAUACUCCAAAAUAUGGCGUACACGCAUCUUACACUUGCUGACCUCUUGAGCCUCCCACUUGGGCACGUCGCAGCAACGUUACGUCAGCAAGUCGAUAUUAAUACGUCAGAUGUGGCACACCGAACACGGUCGUUGUUGACCUAUUUAUCGCAGUCGCCUGAACAUAUCCGUAAUAUCAGCUUCACCGCUAGGUGCAAAGCAAAUGCAGACAUCAUGCUCAGCUCGUGGACGAAAAUACAGGCAUACAAAUGGACUUUCGGACUGGACUUGGGCAGACCAAUUACCGUAAGGAGACCAGGAUUCGUGCCUGUUGAGUCGUUAAUGUACAUCAUGCCAAAGGAUGACAAAGGUAGCGUGGCUGUAGCGAUGUGUUUGCGGGAUGUAGAAACACAGAGACUUUGUAACAGUGCAGAGUGGUGCCAGUUUGCAACGUACGUCGGGUGAUAGAAGAGAGGAAACAGGGGAUGCAAGUUGUAGCUGUUGAGAUAUUAUAGUUAGAGGAGGGGUUAUGCUUACCCCUUACUUGUCUAUCCUUUCUUAUACACAAUUGUAUUAGAUGCUAUGCUCUAGGCAAGCAUUAACUAGACCUUCCUAAAUUGUUACGUCUCUAAAAAUAACUUUAUCUUCUUCUAUAAGACUAGCUCUAGACCUAAGUACUAAGCAUAAAUCUAUUAUUUAUAUGCACC